AUGGGAGCAAUGGCUGCGCACAGGGAAGCAUCCUGGUUACCGGUUACUAUAUUUGUAUUAUUAGCUUGUUGUGUGCAGCUGGGUAUUAACGCUCAAGAUGUCGAGUACAAAGCAGAGCAUUUCUUUAGAAGUGGACACACAAAUAACUGGGCUGUUUUAGUUUGUACAUCAAGAUUCUGGUUCAACUAUCGACAUGUGGCAAAUACUCUGUCUGUGUACCGGAGUGUUAAAAGACUUGGCAUACCUGACAGUCACAUAGUCCUGAUGCUUGCCGAUGACAUGGCAUGCAAUGCGCGGAAUCCAAAGCCGGCAACUGUAUACAGCCACAAAAACAUGGAGCUGAAUGUCUACGGAGAUGAUGUGGAAGUUGAUUACCGAGGCUAUGAGGUUACAGUAGAAAAUUUCCUGAGAGUUUUGACUGGCAGAAUUCCCCCAAGCACUCCUCGACUGAAGCGUCUCCUCUCCGAUGAUAGGAGUAACAUUCUCAUCUACAUGACUGGUCAUGGUGGAAACGGAUUCUUAAAAUUCCAGGAUUCUGAGGAAAUCACUAAUGUAGAACUUGCAGAUGCUUUUGAGCAGAUGUGGCAGAAGCGAAGGUAUAAUGAAAUAUUAUUUAUCAUUGAUACCUGCCAAGGAGCCUCUAUGUAUGAACGUUUUUACUCCCCAAAUAUUAUGGCUCUGGCAAGUAGCCAAGUUGGAGAAGACUCUCUUUCUCAUCAACCAGAUCUUGGAAUAGGCGUUCAUCUUAUGGACCGAUACACGUUCUACCUGCUAGAGUUUUUGGAGGAAAUUCACCCUGCAAGUCAGAACAAUAUGAAUGACCUAUUUCAGGUAUGUCCCAAGAGCUUGUGCGUUUCUACCCCAGGUCACAGGACUGACCUUUUCCAGAGAGAACCCCACACCGUCCUCAUAACAGACUUCUUUGGGAGCGUGAGGAAAGUGGAACCUACUAAAAAAACAGUUUCUUUGAAAACACCCCUUGAUCAAUCAGAACAAAGAUAUUUUACUGGUGAUCCAGAUGCAACGGUAAUGGAACCCAUAACAUACGCUAAUCAGCUUCCUGUAUCAGACAUUAUACAUCAGAAACCAAAACCAAAAGAGUGGCACCCCCCUGGUGGAUUUAUCCUUGGACUAUGGGCAUUGAUUCUUCUAGUGUUCUUCAAAACAUAUGGAAUGAAGCACAUGAAACAUGUAUUUUAAUUAUCAAAACAUACAGGAGGGGCUACAAACUACUACUGAAGCAAUGAUCUCUUCUGCACUGAGAAACCAAGGAAGGCUGUUUACAUACUGCUGUUAUGUUAAAAAUAAAUCAGAAAAUCAUGUUGAGAAAUAUAUUGUGUCAUUUAGAAGCAUUAAAUGGACAGUAAAGUCAAAA